CUCGCACCAUGCUGACCAUCUCAGUCCUCGCCGCGCUCCUGGCCUGUGCUGCCGGCUGCGGAGUGCCCAGCUUCCCGCCCAACCUGUCCGCACGCGUGGUGGGGGGAGACGAUGCCGUCCCUCACAGCUGGCCGUGGCAGAUCUCCCUCCAGUACCUGAAGGACGACACGUGGAGACACACGUGCGGCGGCACGCUGAUCGCCAGCAGCUACGUCCUCACUGCAGCCCACUGCAUCAGCAAGUCGCUGACCUACCGCGUGGCCCUGGGGAAGAACGACCUGACGGUGGAGGACGAGGAGGGCUCUGUGAUCGCCGAGGUGGACACCAUCUACGUCCACGAGAAGUGGAACUCCCUGCUGGUGCACAACGACAUUGCUCUCAUCAAGCUGGCGGAGCCCGUGGAGCUGAGUGACACCAUCCAGGUGGCCUGCCUGCCGGAGGAGGAGUCCCUGCUGCCUCAGGAUUACCCCUGCUACGUGACGGGCUGGGGCCGCCUCUGGACCAAUGGCCCCAUCGCUGACCAGCUGCAGCAGGGCCUGCAGCCCAUCGUGGAUCGCGCCACGUGCUCCCGGCUGGACUGGUGGGGCUUCAAGGUGAAGAAGACCAUGGUGUGUGCCGGCGGCGAUGGCGUCAUCUCUGCCUGCAAUGGGGACUCGGGCGGACCGCUGAACUGCCAGGCAGAGAACGGGGCAUGGGAGGUUCAUGGCAUCGUCAGCUUCGGCUCCUCCAAGGGCUGCAACACACGCAAGAAGCCCACGGUCUUCACCCGCGUGUCAGCCUACAUCGACUGGAUCAACCAGAAAAUGCAGCUCUGAUGCACCCCAGGAUCCACCGCCAAUCCUGAGAAGCAAUAAACACAUUUCCCCCC